AUGACUAAUGGAAAGCCUGUUAUUAACGCUAGUAUGAUCUAUACUGCAAUAGCUCACAUCCUUCUAUCAGUCUUGAAGAAUGCCAAGAAUCAUUAGAUGUAAUCAAUGAGAAUGUACAUCUUUUACCAGAAUGUGCAAAAUUCUUUAAUUACGUUGCUAAUGAUGAUUUUAACUAAAAUAUAAACUAUGAAGGCUACUUUAGCUAAUGUUUUAAUUCGACUACUUUGA